AUGACUGACCAUCAUCAAGUUGUGAAAAGAUCAUUGAAUAAUUCUGUGAUGACUUUAGAUCGUAUUGCUGCUGGAACAGGUAUUGAAGGAUCAGCCUUGAAUCAACUUGCAAAUCCUGGCGGGAUCUUUGUUGAUGUUAAUUUGGAUCUAUAUGUGGCAGAUUGUCUAAAUAAUCGUGUUCAGUUGUUCAAGCCGGGAGAAUCAAAUGGUAUCACAGUAGCUGGAAGUACAUCACUAAAUCCAACAAUUAAACUUAGCUGUCCAAGGGCAAUAGUCUUAGAUGCCGAGAAAUAUUUAUUCAUUGUGGAUAUAAGCAAUAAUCGCAUUGUUGGUUCAGGCUUGAAUGGUUUUCGAUGCUUAGUUGGAUGUUAUGGAGUCGGUUCCCAAUCUAAUCAAUUAAAUCGUCCAUAUGGAUUGAGUUUCGAUCAUUCUGGAAACAUGUUUGUUACUGAUCAAAGAAAUUCUCGAAUUCAAGUAUUUUUACUUAUGAAAGAUUCUUUUGUUCUUUCAUUUAAUCAGCCGAAGUUUUGUUCAACAGCUACUUGGAAUUCUAAUGGAAUUACCAUUGCUAAUCGAUCGAUUGUUGGUCAAUAUCCGACCGCCAUUUUUGUGAACAUGAACAAUACAAUCUAUAUCGCUAAUCAACAAAAUAGCACAAUUGUAAUGUGGCAAGAAGAGAGUGUCAAUCCAACGAAGAUUAUUCACGGUGAUUUUACAGAACCCAAUUCUCUCUUCGUCACAUCAAAUGGUGAUAUUUAUAUUGAUGAUGGUGAGAAGAAUGGUCGAGUACAGAGAUGGAGUCCAGAAACAAAUAUCUUUGUCACGGUGAUGAAUGUCAGCUCAUCAUGUUUUGGUUUGUUUGUCGAUAUCAAUGAUACGCUUUAUUGUUCAAUGCGUGAUCAUCAUCAAGUAGUGAAAAGAUCAUUAAAUGAUUCUGUGAUGGCUUCAAAUCGUGUUGCUGCUGGAACAGGUAUUAACGGAUCAGCCUCAAAUCAACUUUAUAGUCCUAUUGGAAUUUUUGUUGAUGUGAAUCUGGAUUUAUAUGUAACAGAUUGUGGAAACGAUCGCGUUCAGUUGCUCCAGUCAGGAGAAUCAAAUGGAAUCGCAGUAGCUGAUCGAUAUUUAUCACUAAAUCCACCACUUGAUUGUCCAAGUGGAAUCAUAUUAGAUGCUGAAAAGUACUUAUUCAUUGUGGAUCAGAAUAAUAAUCGUAUUGUUAGAUCAGACUUGAAUGGUUUUCGAUGUUUAGUGGGAUGUUAUGGAGUGGAUUCACAAGUCAAUCACUUGAAUAAUCCAUCUAGUUUUAGUUUUGAUCGUUCUAAAAACAUAUUUUUUAUUGAUCAAUCAAAUCAUCAAAUUCAAAAAUUUCAAUAUAUCGAAGAUUCAUGUGUGAAUAAUUCAUCAGCUGUUCAAACAGUUUAUGCAUCAAAACUGACAACGAAUAGUUCAACGUAUUUUCUUGAUUGUUGGGAGUCAAGUAAUUACUAUGAAGCGAUACAAGUGAAUGUUCAUACAGGUGGUGUUUACACUUUGUUCAGUAAAAGCAAUAUGAAUACACACGGCGCUAUUUACAAAGAUUGUUUCAAUCCAUCCAAUCCAUAUGAAAAUCAACUGCCAUACGGUGAUGACAGAUGCAAUCCAAAUCAGUUUAGAUUUAGAAUUGCUCUUGAAACUAAUAUCACAUAUAUAUUGCUUGUGACAACGUGGUUUGCUAAUAUAACAGGUGCAUUCUCGAUCUUUGUAUCCGGUCCAAAUCAUGUUGAUCUCAAGAAUAUUAUGAAUAAUUCAUCAGCUGUUCAAACAGUUUAUGCAUCAAAAUUGACAGCGAACAGUUCAACAUAUUUUCGUAGUUGUUCGGACUCAAGUUCUUACUAUGAAGCAAUACAAGUGAAUGUUCAUACAGAUGGUGUUUACACUUUCUUCAGUAAAAGCAGUAUGAUCACAGAGGGCUAUAUUUAUGAAGAACGUUUCAAUCCAUCCUAUCCAACCAAAAAUCAACUCUCAGUCAAGCCUAACAAUUGCGAUUCACCUCAGUUUACCUUCAUAAUUGCUCUUGAAACCAGUAUCACAUAUAUAUUGAUUGUGACAACGUGGGCUCCUAAUAUAACAGGUGCUUUCUCGAUCUUUGUAUCCGGUCCAAAUCAUGUUGAUCUCAAGAAUAUUAGUUCUCCAUCAGUCAUCGAAAUAUCAUAUUCAUCAACUGUACAAUCAGAAUAUAAAUUACAGUUGACUACAAAUAGUCAAACAUAUUCUCGAGAUUGUCGACAAUCAAAUUAUUACUAUGAAACUAUACGAGUGAAUGUAGUGGAAACUGGAUACUAUGCUGUGAUUAGUUAUAGCAGUAUAGAUACAUUUGGUGAUAUUUACGAAGAUGAUUUUAAUCCAAUGAAUCCUUUCGAAAAUUUACUCUCACAGGAUUAUCGAGUAUGUAGUCAUGACGAUUUCAAGUUCAUCGUUUAUCUUCACACUGGCACAAAAUACAUAUUAGUGGUGACAACAUCUUCUCCAAAUACGACAGGAAAAUUUUUCAUUGAGACAUCUGGCCCAAAAAACAUCACUUUUGAUCCUUACAGUAAGUAUUUUGUAUUAUUUUGUAAAUCAUCAACAGAGAAUUAG